UCACCCCCUCGAUUCUCUCAUCUUUCCCACCCAACAAACAAAAAACAUGGCGCUCCCCUUGAACCUUGCGACCGACGAGGGAAGCCCAGACUGGCUGAACAAAGGCGACAACGCAUGGCAGCUCACCGCCGCAACCCUCGUCGGGAUGCAGAGCGUCCCCGGCCUCGUCAUCCUCUACGGCAGCAUAGUGAAGAAGAAGUGGGCCGUCAAUUCGGCCUUCAUGGCCCUCUACGCCUUCGCCGCCGUCCUCAUCUGCUGGAUCGGGUGGGGCUACCAGAUGGCCUUCGGCGACAAAUUCAUCCCUUUCCUCGGCCAGCCGGACGUCGCCCUCGACCAGAAGUUCCUCCUCCGCAGGACUUUCGUUGGUUACCUUCCCAAUGCCACCAUGGUCUACUUCCAGUUCGUUUUCGCUGCCAUCACCCUUAUCCUCAUCGCCGGAGCUCUCCUGGGGAGGAUGAAUUUCCAUGCUUGGAUGAUCUUCGUCCCCCUCUGGCUCACUUUCUCGUACACCAUCACCGCUUACAGCAUCUGGUGUCCCACCGGCUGGCUCUACAAAAAGGGCAUCAUCGAUUACUCCGGCGGUUACGUCAUUCACCUCUCCUCCGGCGUCGCUGGUUUCACCGCCGCUUUCUGGGUUGGCCCUAGGACGAACAAGGAUAGAGAGAGGUUCCCGCCCAACAACAUCCUCCUCAUGCUGGCCGGAGCGGGUCUCUUGUGGAUGGGUUGGACCGGAUUCAACGGAGGAGAUCCCUACACCGUCAGUGUCGAUGCUUCUCUUGCCGUGCUCAACACCCACGUCUGCACGGCGACGAGCUUGCUGGUGUGGCUACUACUCGACAUUAUCUUCUUCGGUAAGCCCUCCGUCAUUGGAGCCAUCCAGGGGAUGAUCACCGGCCUCGUCUGCAUCACUCCGGCCGCUGGAGUAGUGCAAGGAUGGGCAGCAAUAAUAAUGGGGAUGCUGUCAGGAAGCAUCCCAUGGUACACAAUGAUGGUGCUCCACAAGAAGAUUUCAUUCCUAAAGCACGUCGACGACACCAUGGCCAUCUUUCACACCCACGCCAUCGCAGGAAGCCUCGGAGGUAUCCUCACCGGAAUCUUCGCCGAGCCCAAGCUGUGUCGGAUCUUCUACCUUGUCCCCGAGUGGGAGCACUACAUCGGCCUGCUCAACGGCUUCCACAACAACCGUGCUGGCGCCGGGUUCAAGCAGUUGGGUGUUCAGCUCCUCGGGAUACUCUUUGUGGUAUUCACCAACGUCAUCAUGACCAGUAUCAUUUGCGUGGUGAUUAAGUUGGUGGUUCCGUUGAGGUUGUCGGAGGAGCAGCUAAGCACCGGCGACGAUGCAAUCCAUGGGGAGGAGGCUUACGCGUUGUGGGGAGACGGAGAGAAGUACCAGUCCAGGCACAACUCAUUUUACGCCGCCGAUCAGGAGAUUCCGCAGUCGACCAAGUCAGCCGGCGCCGGCGGGCAGGUUGAGAUGGCUUGAUGGGAUUUUCAUUUACGAGGAGGGAUUAACGUUUGUGAGCUACGACGCCGUCCUGUUUGGGUUUCCCUAUUCUUGUGUAGGUUUUACAUACUUUUUUCCUUUUUAACCUUUUUUUGUGUGUGUUGUUUGUUUGCGUGGGAGGGACGAAGAGAGGGAGAGAAAGGUAGAGAAUCUGAUGUUUCUCAAGCUAUUGUUGUUUUGAGUCUGUUGAUAAUUGGGGUUUCAUUGAACAAGAUGAACAACCUAAUAAUGUUUUUGUACUGAUUUCUACUCAUGUAAUAAGGUAUUCAACCAUCCCCAAUCAAGGUUUUCCAACUGCUAUUGAUUUUCAUAUUCAUGAGUAGGCUGAAUGCACUAUUAUAUGCCUCAUAUUUGUAUAAAUAGACAAUUUUAGU